AAUAGAGCUUUGUUCGGAAUCGGUCGGAACCGCCGAAGUGGCCAUCAUCUUCCCGAAUGUUCCAUGGUAAGAUAUUAUCGCUAGCGCUAUACAUAUAUAUAUAGCGGGUCAGCGCGCUACAUGGAAACAAUUCAGAGUUAAUGCAAGCAUUGGAGACGCUAUAUAGAAGCUUGGUGUUUGGCAGUGCAACAAAACUAGGGAUUUUAAAUAUCUGGGAAGAAGAAAUCAGUCUUCUGUUAGCAAGUGAAAGAAGCUCAGCCAGUUGAAGCAGAAUAUCGAAAGUAUUUAUACUGUGGGAACUUAUCGUUAAAAAUGACCCUGAGGGCCGUUUCCUGUAGUCGUCUGUGGUUUACGUAUCACUGGAAAGAAGACAUGACCGCUAAAUAUACUCAGAUGGUGUUUUACUUACGCGGAGAUCAGAGCCUCUUGAACAUGAAUAAGCUAAGUCAACAAAAACGCCUUGAUUGGGCAGAGCAUGGAAUGAAUUGCUCAGACGACCUUUGUGUGCUUCCAGUCUGUAUUAACUGGAAGGCAUUCAGACAAGCAAUUGCUCGCCAGAACGGCAGACAGACGCAAGACGUGCAUACCAGAAGCAAAGAUGCAAACCAGCAUAAGAGUGGACUGGUUCGUGGCCAUACCAACGACGAACAAUUUCUGCAGUUCCAAAGGGAGGUGCAGGAGUUUGAACGAGUUCAGUUUAAUAUCAGUGAGUAUUUAGCCAUCAAACCAAAUGUUAAUCCACUUCAGGUUUACCAAGCAGUGGACAAGGUGGGAAGCCAGCAGGUAUCUCAAGUCACUAGUUACGGUCCUAUGCAAGACAUUGAGAAACCGACUAUUCCUAACUUCGACUUAGAACAGUUUGUUUCAAUUGAUUCGUUUGUCGUUCCUCCAGAGAAGAAAGAAGACAUCAAAAAUGAUAAAUGCCCACAGAAUGAUCAUGCCGAUAUCCAGACUGAAUUUCCAGUUGGACCCAGUGUUCUCAAGGAGACCGUUUGCAGCCAAAAGGAAAGUAAGGAACAACUUCAAGGAAUUCAGGCUAAAGCUUCCGGGAUGCAAUCAUUUUAUAAGUCUUCUGUGAUCUAUUACUGAAGAGACACAUGGCAACAUGGAAUUUAUUUGUCAAGUAGGCAAUUCUAUUAUUCUAUUAUAUAAGUUGAUGUUAUAUGACUAAGAAACAGGGAAGAAGGAUUAACAAUGACUGUCUAACUGAAUAUUAAAGAGAUCGUUUUCACGUGACGUCAUCAUUUUCUAAAAUCCAAAACUAAAGAGCCACCAAAGUUUUUAUCCUCAUCAUAAGAUGCGGUAUAUUCAUAUCUGUUUACAAUCUUACAUUUACAUUAGGUUAUCAGUUUUAAUACUGUCAAAUGUUACCCUCGUAAAAUAAAGUCUUACCUACCUACCUACCUACCUUACAGCUCAAUAGCAUGCUUCGUUUGGAAACCAGAGCAUUUUGAAUUCCAGGGUUAUGGAAGUGCCUGACACAAGGCUACGAUCGAGUUUAUUGAAAAAGAUACACUCAUCUCAUGAUUUUGAGCCUUUUUAGAAGUUAGAGCAUUGGGAAAAUCUAAUCUGUGACCGAAGCUCACAGUUUUCCUCGAGCUACGCUCUCGGAAAACUGUUCGCUUCUUGCAACAGAUAAUGUCCGCAGACAAAUAUCCGCGCAUAUUUUCACGCCAAAUGGAGGCUAUUGUUUACUGAUACCAGUACAAGUGUAAGUAGUGUUGACUUGUGUUAAGUAGCAGUAGCUUGUUAGAAGUGUCCAUAUUGUAUUAUAAGUAACUGCAGCAUUGUAAGUGGUGCAAGUCUUGUAAGUAAUACAACAUAAUAUAACGCCAUGCAUAAUACAAUAGCAGCAUUGUAAAAUACAAUACAUCCGUAAAAAUAAAAAUCAAUACAAUAAUUUGAACCUGGCUGCUGCUUGCCGUUUUGCCGGCACUUAAAAAUAAAAGCUAAUAGUAUACAUGGUUUCCCGGCCUAGGGGUAAAAAUGAACUUCUUUUUUCUCCAAUCAGAAGCUCAGAAAUGGUAUUUAGUACUUUCUAGGAUUUUUUCAAAACGCCCUGUCCUUUUAACUUUAUAAACACCUCCCCUCUAAGAACAAAACGGCUUGUGAAAUGUCGUAUUUUCUACAGGAGUGCCAUUAUAAUUACCCACAUGUAUCAAAUUGAGUCUUUUUGGACUCAAAGCUGAAAGCGAUGGGUUUCUUAGUAGUCAUAGACAUAAGCUAUUUGCAGUGUCCUUUCCAUCCUGGUCCAGUAGAGAGUUCCUGUUUUUCGAUCGCAUCGUUGAACAAGCGAGUUGUGUGUGUAGAACACGGCCCGGCAGUAAUGAUUACACUGCGGACAUACAGCCUUGGCUAGGUAUCUGGGAAUUCUGUGGUGAUCUUCGUCUAUGGCCCACGUCCACGGACACUUUUGUGUACCUUCCCUUGCUCCAGUAACGAAGUUGAUACCCCCAUUGAUUUGGGUGUGGUUGGAACUGUGCGCGACGAACUUGUUUUCCAUGAAGAUGAAGCGCUGACGAAUCCGCUGCAGCAAUUGAGAAUCAGUGAAUUGCUUUUUCCGCCUCGAUGAGCAACUGCUUGAGCUUGGGAGAGACAUCAGGCCAAUAAGGAAAACCAUCAUCAAAAUAACCAAUAACUGAAAGUUAACAAACAGUGCACAAUCGUUAUAAUUGUUACUUGCAUGUGUCCCGCAACAGUUCUGACUAAAGGCUUCAGUUCAUAGAGCUCAAAUUACUUGCAUCCAGCUGUAGAUAUCAUACGAAUAUUUACCAAUUCAAGCAAACUGUUUAAUUCGGAAACAAUUUCAGAUCCAGAGCGAAAUCUGUUAUCUUAAUCAGUUGGCCGUACGGUAUAUAGCGGGUUUACAGUAUCUCCUGGGUAAAAUUUAUGCAAUGUUUGGCCGCAUAAAAGUUGAAUAAGAAAUGCUGCCCACUAAAAAAUGCUGCUUACUGUUUUUCACACGGCGCGAAUGUUUCAAAUUCUGUUUUCGUUACUUUUCGUGUUUUAUCCUUACGGGAUUUAAAUGUUUCCCGCGAAACCGAAGAACUAGAAUUCGAGUUUAAUAAGUUUAAGCGUAUUCCUAAUUAAGUGGAAAAGAAGCGGAGCUCAAUCAGCCAAUUACCAUGUUCAACUGCAUAACGUCUUUGCAAAAAGGACAAUCACACAUUAUUGGCCAAAAUGUUAUCCCUUAUACAGCAUCACAGUGCAGCGCUAGGUCUCCUUACCUUUGCCAUCUCUCCAGACUACUUGAGUUUGUUCUUCCUUCCUUCUUCUGAGUUAUUUUGUCGAUACCGCGAAUUUCGUUUCUCGAAUUCGUAUAUUCUUGUUUUCUCUGUGGUUGUGCACUGCCUUAACAAGCGCCUGUAGUGGUAGUGACUUGUGCAACGAUUUAUAUACGUUUCGUAGCUCCAAAAGUAUCACAAAUGCAGUUAAUAUUCCACCCACAUUUUUUUGUUGUUUUCAGCUUAAGGAAAAAAUCCUCCCAAUAUUGAAUAUAUAGGGUUAUAAAACGAGUUCCAAUUUAGUGACAUGUCGAUCUAUUUCUGUGAAUAAAAAGAGGAUAAAUUUUCCACGCUCUUUGCGGAUGUCACCACGCCUUGCACAGUGAAUGCCACGUGCGUUUCGUUUGUGUUCCGCUUUCAAUGAUUUACUUAAAACUUUUAAAUUGA